ACAAAAGCAAAUUCUCGGUCACUGCAGUUUGUGUGACCGUCAUCCUAUCAUGGACGAGCCGCGCAAGGGCCAUCGCUGCUCUAAGACUACUUCAGAAACACUAAUACACGAGACAUCCCCCUUUCACUCCUCGAACCCGCAUGGUAAGGGGCUUGAUGCGCAACACCAUCACGAGCCUAAACCCAAACCGAGAUUCAGACCCAAAUAG